GAAGCGCAGGGUGGACCCAGCCAAGAUGCAGCGGCGGCUCCGGGUGUCUCUCGGCCGGGUGGGGGCAGCGCGGGCUGCAGCCGGGCAGGGGGCGCCCGCCGCGGCAGCCGCGCGAUCCUAGUGCCUUAGACCUGCUGGCCGGCCCCGACCCUCCUUGCCGCGGUCCCUCCCGCCGUCCCCUCCCCUCCACCCUUUGUGCCGCUGCUGCUCGGUGUCCCGGGCUCCCCAGGACCCCGGCCGGACCAGACCGCGGCGGCGCGCCAGCCCCGUGUGGGCGUCGGGUCAGCGGCCGAUGGCGAAGGGGCGCAGCGCGAUCAGGGGUUCUGUAGCCGGAGUCCGCGACGCGGGAGACCCGGCCCACCUCCGCCGCAUUGUCCCGGGCCCCGCGCCCCGGCCCUGAGCCGCGUCGCCGCGUCGCCGCAGCGCCCUCCCACAGCCCACGGGGCCAUGCGGAGGGCCGCCGGGAUGGAGGACUUCUCUGCAGAGGAAGAGGAGCCUUGGUACGACCAGCAGGACCUGGAGCAGGACUUGCACUUGGCUGCGGAGCUGGGCAAGACGCUGCUGGAGAGGAACAAGGAGCUGGAAGAGUCUUUACAGCAGAUGUACGCCACCAACGAGGAGCAAGUGCAGGAGAUCGAGUACCUCACCAAACAGCUGGACACGCUGCGGCACGUAAAUGAACAGCACGCCAAAGUGUACGAACAGCUGGACUUGACAGCCCGAGACCUGGAGCUGACCAACCAGAAGCUAGUGCUGGAGAGUAAGGCUGCCCAGCAGAAGAUCCAUGGGCUGACAGAGACCAUUGAGCACCUGCAGGCCCAGGUAGAGGAGCUGCAGGCCCAGGUGGAGCAGCUGCGGGGCCUGGAGCAGCUGCGCGUGCGCCGGGAGAAGCGGGACCGAAGACGCACCAUCCACACCUUCCCUUGCCUCAAGGAGCUGUGCACCAGUGCCCGGUGCGAGGAUGCCUUCCGCCUGCACAGCUCCUCCCUGGAGCUGGGCCCCAGGCCCCUGGAGCAGGAGAAUGAGCGGCUGCAGACCUUGGUGGGAGUGCUGCGUUCCCAGGUCAGCCAGGAGCGGCAGCGCAAGGAGCGGGCGGAGCGGGAGUUCGCAGCGGUGCUCCAGGAGUACUCGGAGCUGGAGCAGCAGCUGUGCGAGAUGGAGGGCUGCCGCCUCCGCGUGCAGGAGCUGGAGGCCGAGCUGCUGGAGCUGCAGCAGAUGAAGCAGGCGAAGACCUACCUGCUGGGCCGGGAGGACCACCUGGCCGAGGCCCUGCUGGCGCCGCUCACCCAGGCACCUGAAGCCGAUGACCCUCAGCCAGGCAGCGGCGACAACUUGGGCACCCAGGACGGCAUCUCCUCCCCAGCCACCUCCCCGAGCCACGCCGUCCGCAAGAGCUGCAGCGACACAGCGCUCAACGCCAUUGUGGCCAAAGACCCAGCCAGCCGGCAUGCGGGCAACCUCACGCUGCACGCCAACAGCGUGCGCAAGCGGGGCAUGUCCAUCCUGCGGGAGGUGGACGAGCAGUACCACGCGCUGCUCGAGAAGUACGAGGAGCUGCUGAGCAAGUGCCGGCAGCACCGGGCCGGGGUGCGACAUGCCGGCGUGCAGACCUCGCGGCCCAUCUCCCGGGACAGCUCAUGGAGGGACCUGCGGGGGGGCGAGGACGGCCAGGGGGAGGCUAAGGCAGGUGAGAAGAGCCUGAGCCAGCACGUGGAGGCCGUGGACAAGCGGCUGGAGCAGAGCCAGCCCGAGUACAAGGCGCUCUUCAAGGAGAUCUUCUCCAGGAUCCAGAAGACCAAGGCCGAUAUCAACGCCACCAAGGUCAAGACCCACAGCAGCAAGUGACCCUUUCCCAGCCUGCAGCCUCCCUCAGGCUCAGGCCAUGGGUCCCUGAUGCCUGGGCUGUGCAGCCUCUGGUGAGUGACAUAUGCCAGUGGAGGCGGCUCUGAACGGGGAAGCGUGUGGGUGGACACAGCUUGUUCCCUGCCCAUGUGGGAAGAGGUCAGCACAUCCGGCCUCUCAGGACCCUCCACCAUCCUGUGUCAGCCCAAAGGCACAGCUAAGAGUUUCAAAGCCAAACGUUCCCCACUCCCCUGGGGAUUCCCAGAUCCCCCAGCUUCUGACUCUGGGCCUUGCUCUCAGACUUGUGGCCAAGCUUCUGAAAGCCAUUCUGGACCAGUUGGUUUUGGUUUUUUUUCCCAAGUUUUGUUUGUUUGUUUGUUUGUUUUUGAGAGAGAUCUGAAAUGCGAGAUCUCCCUGACCCCUUGCCAACAACUGGAAACACUUGAAGGGGGACACCCCCCCCAGAGCCAGCUGUUGCAGGUUCUGGGGGUCUCCUGGACCACCCACUGCUUCUCCCCAGCUGUGACUCACUGUCAUUCCCUUAGCACCAGCUGUCCCACCCCCAGGGUCCUGACCAGGUCAGAGGCGGCCCCUGCCAUGCAAAGCAGGAAGCCUCAGCCAGGCCUCGAGUGCCCCCCACUCCAGCCCUGGUGAGGGUGGGCUUCUCUCAGGAGACCCUCAGCCCACUGCAGAUCUGUAGCCAAUCAGAAGAGGGGAACAGGGAGCCCCUUGGGCAGCCAUACACAAGUGGUACACACCCUGCUUCCCUCUGAGCCAGCCUCCUUGGGUUCCAACUCCACAAAUGCCUUCUGGGCAUUAAGCCUUCCUUUCAGGGGUCUGGGCAGUGGGGAGCCCCCCAUCUCUGCACGCCACCUGCGACUCACCAAGUUUGGCCUCUGCCUGUUCCCCACCUCAGGGACCAUGAUGUGUCUCAUUCACUCCCAUGCUCCCCACAGGCUGACCCCACUGUAGGUCAUGCCUACCGCCCCCAGAUUGUCCCAGGCAUGUGCCAUGCGACUGUGGUCCCAGCGUCUAUUCCUGCCUCCCUGCACUGGGAACAGCCCAAAACUCUCCCUACCCUGAACAGUAUUGAAAUGGGACCGGAAUGGACCAUGUUUCCUUCUUCCCCUAAAAUGCCUGCUCUUAACCUCCCGCCUUUGUGGGGGGGCCCUUGGGGACCCAGCUAGGUCAGGGGUUUACUUUUUUGUUAAGGCUUCAGGAAGUCCAACUUCAACUAAGAGAUGCCAAGGUCCUCAGCUUGCCCUGAGCAAUUCUUCAGGGCUUCCAGUUCCUGCUGCCCAUCCUGAGACCCAAGAAAUAAAUCGGAGGAGCCAUAUAGCCCGGUGGAAGGUGAUAGCCCUAGCCUCUGUGCUGGGAGCCCAGUGGGGAACCUUCAUGCCUUAUUUGUUUCUAAGGGGUAAAGGGGUUUUCUUAACAAGCACGCCCGACCUCCCCGGAGGUGCCACCCUAUUCUCCGGGCGGCACUGUGAUGAGAGCUGUCGGCUGGUCCUUCCAUCCGGUCCUUCCGUCCGCACAUCUUGGAACCUUUUGUCCUAUGGAGCUGGGUAGCUCCCAGCCCUCCUUGUGUCUCUGUCAUCUAGGGUGGAGAGGGUGGGGUGGGACGGGGUGGGGUAAGGGCUCCUGCCUGUUUGCUCCCCAGUUAUGUAGCAGCCGACCAGCAUCACCUUUGAAGUAUAUGAGAGAAAUAUAUUUGCAAAUGCUUUAUUCUCUUCUUUAAUAAAAAACGUACCAGUAUUCUAAA